GUUCAUUGAAAAUAAGGAUCCAUUGCUGGAGAGUUAAUUCCAAUUCCGAAGGCUUCCUCUUAGAGUAUCGAAUCUCGCCGAGUGAUGACAGAAAAGCGACAAUCAAGAACUUCUUCUACGCAUCUCUUUAUAUCGUCAUAAGGUUUGACCUUCUUCCAGGUUCUAAAGGGCUCUUUGCUUUCAUUGAGCUCUGGUUUCUAGGGUUCCAAAUUCUCCAGAUUUAAAUGAAGCAGGCGUCGGGUUAGUGUUUCCGUGAUGUAUUUUGCUAUCGAUAGGAGUAAAUGAAAGCAAUGGAAAAAGUCGCAGAGGUUCCACUUCCUUUCUCUGGGAUAUCGGAUUCCGUCACUGAAAGAGGCGAUUACAAUCGGAGAUUGUCCGGUUGGCUGUCUGAUUGCCAUGGUGUGUGGUACAAUGUUUCUUUGAUUGUUCCUUCGGUUCUCUUUGUUGUGUACCUCUCGUUGCAGGCCAAGAAGAGCUUCACGAAGCUCUCUCGUGGCAGAUCCUACAUCAUGAUUGCAUAUUACGGGUUACUAUGGCUUGUUAGUGUUCUCAAUAUUGCUUGGUGCUCCCUGCAGACAUGGGAGUGCACUUCUGGGAAGGAAUUUUCGUGGAAUCUUUUAUCGCUGUUUACAGCAUCUGGAAUGCUGUUCUUGGAAAUUAGCUUGAUGGCCUUUUUACUCCAAGGGAAUUACACCAGCGGGUUGGAUGCUCUAACACGCACUUUUGUUGUCUCCGGUAUCAUUGUUGGUGCAGAUAUACUUCUUAAGGCAAUUUAUGUGUUUGCUUUUGAGAUUCCGCUGUUCAUUGAUAGUGAGGAAACCACGCAGAGGGUGAAGUGGGGUUUGUGGGUUGUCCACAAGUUAUUGCUUACAGCAGUGUAUGGUGUCAUUUUGUGUAUGUAUAACUCGAAAUGGAGAGAAAAGUUACCUGCUAGACCAGCAUUCUACAACUACAUCAUUGCGAUGUUCUCAUUGAAUGUAGCUGCAUUGUUUGCAUGUGGACUCAUGGGAAAUGAUGUUGGCUUUGGUUUCUGGCUGUACAAUCUCACCACUAUUUGCUAUCAUGACUUUUAUCUUCCCCUGCUGUAUGUUACAUUUCUGGCAGACUUCUUCCAGGAGGAAGAUAUGCGAUUGGAAAAUGCUUAUUACUCUGAGAUGAAAGACGCUGGGUUCUUUGAUGCUGAUUGGGAUUGAUCUAGCAACUUGUUUAUAUUCCAAGAUUUUUUUUCCCCCCCACACUAUGUGUAUAUAAAACAAGGAUAAUGCUUGGAUGG